AUGGCCAAACUUUCCUCUUCUCCAUGCGACAUUGUUGUGUUGACCUAUAGUGGCGAGCAUUUCUUCAUCGAUCUCACUGCUCCCGCGCUCGCAGUUACUGUGAUCAACCUUACCUUAUCCUCCUAUCAUUACAGUACAAUGAACGCGGUUAUAACAGCCAAAAGCUACGCAGGUCCAGCUAUCGCUGCCGGUACAGGCACCCUCGCUGCAAUUGGCACAACCUAUAUACUACCUGCCUUCGGCUUCUGCGCUGCUGGUGUCAAAGCUGGUUCAGUCGCAGCGGGAGUGCAGGCCUCUGUUUACGGAGCAGCUGUCCCCGCAGGAAGUGUGUUCGCUACAUUGCAGAGCUAUGGUGCAACCGGUGCUUUGGCUGGAACUCUUGGAGUUGCGGCAUUACCCAUUGGGAUUGUUGUUGCGGGUGGAACAUAUCUUGCUGGCAAGGCGAUAAGAGGAUGA